UGGAGUGUCUGGAGUUUGACCCCGAGCGGUUCUACCGGCUGCUGGAGGCGGCCGAGGGCCACGCCAGGCACGCGCAGGGUAUCACCACAGACAUCCCGCAGUACAUCAUCCACAAGCUGGGUCUGUCCAAGGACCCCCUGACGGAGCUGUCGGUACCCCCGCCACCCCCGCUGCCGCACACCUCCUCGCCAUCCAAAAUACGCGGUCGCCAAUCGCCUCCCAGCGCGAUAAACGGCGGUGCACCCUCGGAAAACGACUAUCAAGUCAUCAAGCUGAUCUCAAACGGGGCCUACGGCGCUGUCUAUCUUGUUAAACACAAGCAGACUAGACAGAGGUAUGCAAUGAAGAAGAUUAGCAAGAAUAAUCUCAUACUGAGGAAUCAAGUCGAGCAGGCGUUUGCGGAGAGGGACAUUCUGAGCUUUGCUGAUAACCCGUUUGUGGUGACGAUGUAUUGCUCGUUCGAGACGAAGCGCCACCUGUGCCUGAUCCUGGAGUUCGUGGAGGGCGGGGACUGCGCCACGCUGCUCCGCGCGGGGCCCCUGCCCCCGGACAUGGCGCGACACUACUUCGCGGAGGCGGUACUGGCCGUGGAGUACCUGCACUCGUACGGCAUCGUGCACCGCGACCUAAAGCCGGACAAUUUGUUGAUCACGGCGACGGGACACAUAAAGCUAACUGACUUCGGUCUUAGUAAGAUGGGAUUAAUGUCGCUGGCGACAAAUUUAUACGAAGAGUACGCAGAACGCGAGGCACGUCAGUUCUCCGACAAGCAAGUGUGUGGUACACCCGAGUAUAUCGCGCCCGAGGUUAUAUUGCGACAGGGUUACGGUAAGCCGGUGGACUGGUGGUCGAUGGGUGUUAUCCUGUACGAGUUCAUAGUUGGAUGUGUGCCCUUCUUCGGUGACACGCCUGAGGAGUUGUUCGCUCACACUGUCAACGAUGACAUAGAGUGGCCUUCGGAAGAGGACUUCCCGAUCGCGGUGGAAGCGCGCGCCAUCAUCACCGAGCUCCUGGCACGGAACCCGCGAGACCGGCUCGGCACGGGUGGCACGCAUCAAGUCAAGGAGCACACAUAUUUCUACGGUCUUGAUUGGAACAACUUGCUGCGUAGGAAAGCGGAGUUCAUUCCCCAGCUGGAGAACGAUGAAGAUACGAGCUAUUUCGAUAGUCGAUGUGACCGCUACAACCACAGCGAGGUUGAGACCGACGAGGCGGGCGAGACAGGCGAUGCGGGCGAGAGCGGGGCGGGCGCGGGCGUGGGGACAGCGGUGGAGGAGGCGGGCCUGUUUGCCGCGUUUUCAUCCACGUCGCCGCAGUGGAGGCGGCACUACCACUCGCACGACUCCAGGAGUACUGACAGCUGGCCGGGUACACCGGAUAGUGCGGGACCUCCUACGACGCCCACUGCGCCGCACCAUCAUCCCAAAUGUCCGAUGAUAUACGGCGGCGGGUCUGCGGAGUCGUCCCAGACGGACUCAGACGACGUGUCGCCGGCCGCGCGGCGCCGCGUGCCGCUGCGUCCGUCGCCGCUGCACACGUCGCACGUGCCGCACGCCACGUCGUCCCUGCUGCACGCGACGCAUCCGCACCCUGUGCUAGCCAGGCCAUCGGAGCUAUCGAAGAAAGACGAAAAGGGAAUCGACAAGGUCGACAAGCCGGAUAGAUUGGAAAAGCAGGAUAGACUGGAGAGAGUCGAUAGAUUGGAAAGAGUAGAUAGAUAUUUUGAAAAGCCCGAUAGGAGUAAGCCGAUUGCUCUGCCCGCACCUAAGUCUAUGAGGAGGUCAGCAAGCACAUCGGGUCUAUCGCUGGUCAUACAUCCAGCGGACGAGAAUUUGCUAGGCUCACCGUGCGCCGGCAACACUUCGUCCACCAACUCAUCUCGGGACUCAUCUCCGUGCCGCGACCCGCCUUCGCCGUUCGCUAUCACCAAUCAUUCCUUAAUCCAGUCGUCGAAACCACCGAUAGUGGUCCGCCGUGGACCCCGCGGGUUCGGCUUCACCAUUCACACGGUGCGAGUGUAUUACGGAGAUACUGACUACUACACAAUGCAUCAUUUGGUUUCGGCUGUGAGUGAGCAGGGCUCCGCUUGGGCGGCCGGGCUGCGAGCCGGCGACCUCAUCACUCAGCUCAAUGGAGAGGCUGUGCAGGGAUUACUGCAUACACAGGUACUAAGGCUGCUAUUAGCGGCGCCGCACGCGACUCUACGCGCCACCCCGCUGGAUCAGACAACGAUACAGUCUGGCGGUCGACGACGCUCGGGUGGCAGGCGGGCCGCCGCACCCACGCGGCCUCGGCCCCGUCGGCGCUGCUCGCUGUUCCGCCGCAUCUCAACCAAGCGGGCCUCGCAGGAGAUGCAACACAUGGUGUCAGCGGGCAGCAGCGAGUGCGUGUCCCCCGUGCCAGCCAGUCUCCCUCCACCCGCACUCGCCGACCCCGCAAUACAUAACGCGGCCAACACGCACUAUCAGAGGCCGUCGUCGCUGCACGGUCUGAAGCAUAAGCUGGUGGCGGGCGGAGCUGGCCCCGAGGUACGACGUGCUUCGCUGCAGCACAUGCCGCUGUCGCCUCUGGCUCGGACACCCUCCCCCUCCCCGCAGCCGGCGCCCGCGGCCGCGCCUGCUUCGCCCACUAGCCGCGGCUGCGAGGCCCGCAGUCCGUCGCCGCUCGCGACACGCGAGUGUCGACGCGGAUGGCCUCGCCGCGACCCCGCCUCCCCGCUACUGCGCCGCGCUCUCUCGCCCGACAGGUUGCACCCUCGUUCAGCUGAAUCAAAGUGCUCAAUAUCGCCCUUGUGCUGCGGAGCCGGUGGGGUCGGGGCCUCAGUCGGGGCCGCAGUGACCGGCGCCCGGCGAGGGGGGCCCGGGGCGUGGCGGGGAGGGGGGCAGCCUCCGCCCGCGGCACCCUCCACUCCGCCCCCGUCGGACAAGACCGAUGAACCCAUGUUACCGAGGAUAGCCGAGGAGAAGGACUCGCCCACACAUCACGCCGCAAGAAUCACCAUUCGCACCCCGGCUAAACAAGGAACGCCGAGCAUAUUUACGUCGUCGCCGAAGUCCAGUUUAGACAAGGGUGCGUUCGACGCGAAUUCGUCGUUCGCGUCGCUGUCGCUGUCCGACGAGUCGUUCCUCGACACCAGCGUGGACGCGUCAAAUGUGGACACAUCGAGGGAAAUCACGGUAACAGACAAUAGCCGUUCAAGCACGGAUAUGAGUCUCACCACUUCGGAUAUUAACAAGAAACUAAACGUGACUCAAGAGACCACGAAUAUUCCCGAAGUGCAGAUUAAGACGCGUAAGAAAUCCGACUCCAGCAUCAAGGAAGACGACAAAUCCGUUAAAGAAAAAUCGAAAUCAAAAGACAAGCAAGAGAAGGUAGAACUGAAGAAGCAGGACUCGAUAAAGAGAGAUAAGUCGGAGCCGAAGGAGAUUAAAAAACAAGACUCAUUUAAAAAACUCGAGAAGAUAGAUGUGAAACAAGAGAAGAUAGAUCUGGCAAAAGUCGACGAGAAGGAGAAGAUGGAGCGGAGUGGUUCGGUGAAGAGAACGGAGGAGAGUAAGAAGGAGCGGCAAGAGAGGGAGAAGGAGGCGAAAAAGCUCGAGAAACAAGAAAAGGCGGAGAAAAAGCAGGAGAAGAUAGAUGCUAAGAGAUCAGACUCCAUGAAAAAAGAGAAUCUGAAGAAACAAGAAUCAGUUGAAAUCCUUAAGUCUCCUGAAGCGGAGACGAGCGAGAGUGGUCGCGGCAAGAGCGUGGUGAGCAAGCUUCUGGGCGUGAUGGGCCGCAAGCGGGACGAGCGGGAUGACGCGGCCAAGAAGCAGGACAAGCAUCACAAGCGGAAGAACUCUUCAAACUCUCUAGCACAGUCACAAGGACCAGGGAAGCAGAGCGACACAGCAAACGUAAAUGAAAAGGAAGUCGAAGACAAGAAGGGCAAAAAGGGACGGGGAAGGGCAUCUAGCUCUUCGUCGGGCGAAAAGUAGAUUGGGAUAGCGGGCGUCCUUGAUCGAUUAGUAAUUAGUGAAUAAGUUUACAAAGAGAUGAAUAAUUAAAUGCUAUAUAUUUUCUCAGCACAUCUUUUCAAAUGUUUCGUAAAUGUUUUGAUACAAAUUAAUAUAGUGUAUUUUGUAUUUCUCAAUAUUGAACUCUAGUAACAUGGAUUAGUAUACAGUUUUCAAUGACAAAGCCUUUGUCCUAACAAACACCUGCUGGCAGAGAUAUAAAUCCCCACCAUUGGUUGUCUAAUAAGCAGCGAAAAACACUUUCAAGGCUUUUUGUAAUCUAGCAAAAUUUUUGUAGUUCAAUUCUUGUAUUAGCAAAAUCAAGUUGGAUUGAUGGCUUUCGGCUCACUUGUUAGUAAUAAUAAUAUAUUUUCGUGUAUUUUCGUAUAAAUAGGCUAACCUCAAUAUGAACCUUACGCUUCUAGAUGUAUCAGAAUAGAAAAAAUUGUCACUGGUUUAUAAUAACAACCGUCUUUAAAAUAUUUUUAUGUGAAGUGCAAAAUGAUCGAUUUUGAUUAAGUUUUAAGUUGUUUUACAGUAUUAUAAUAAUCGAGGCAAUGUUGAUAGUUGUAGAAGCGGUGUAACUUUAUCAUAGCUGUACAGAGAAUGAACUGAGUGAUACCUGCACGUUCUUUAAAAUAGGGAAAGGUUAUUGUGCGGCCAAUUCACGCGAUGCCCCAAAUUGAUGAAAUAUCGUGUAAGGCUGGGUACACACGGUGGCAAAUUGCAUUAUACUUAUUACGCACUGUUUUCUACCGCCAAGCAUAGUGUGUCAGUUGUGUGUUUUAAUUUGAGUGUGUUGUAGCUUUAAAUUAUUGGGCUUCAACUAUCAGGGUAGCGAGUUAAAGCAUGGUGUCGUUAAAAUUUUGGAUUUUAAAGAAUACUGUGUGACAAUUUAUCAGGUGAACGUCGUAUUGAUCUCAUCACUUCUUAUCAUAAAAAGAAAUAUUGAAAAAAAAAAUAAUAAUUAGUAGGCACUUGACCGCUAGAUCGGUUGAUGUUAAAUAAACUACACUACUGCUUGGCAGCAGUAAGACACCGCUGUGGUUCCCAACUAGCAUUCUGUGCAAUGAGCCUGGUUAUAGAUAUUAAAAUAGUUUUUUAUGUUAUGAUUUAUAGGAUUCACCCAAAACCGCCUGUGUUGUGUGCGGUGAUACCCAUAGAAAAUUCAUUAGGUACCAGUUAGAAAGAAAACUGGGUGAUUGGAAUAUUAUUGUAACUGGGCUUUUUAUGUGUUCUCGAAAUAAAAUUAAUACAAAUAUAACACUAGGUUGUUUAUGCGUUUAACAAUAACGUGCAGUUUAAUGUUGUGUGCACCCAGCCUAAAUCUCAUCCAGAGUGUAGAAGAAACGGCUAGUGGCUACAAGUUCGUAUUAUAUGCCCCACAGAUCCUCAAGGCUUGGAAUCAGUUUUAAAUUUAACGGUUAUUGCUGGUUAAAAUUGGUUAUAUUCAAUUAAUUCGCUCGGCGUUUGAAGUUUACGGUAGAUGUUUUCAUAAACUUAAAGAAAAUAAUCGAAACGAGACGAACGAACGCUCAGUCCGUGCGAUAUUGUUAAACAAAUAUUAGGUUACAAAUAACUCGCCGAUGGAAAAAAACAUUUCGUAGCCGGCUUAUUGAACAAAAACUUUUUAAUGGAACUGAAAUAACUACUUACAUGUUACCCGGUUAGAUUGUUUUCGGUUUCCAAGCCUUGCAGUCUUUGACUGUGUUAACUUUAUCUGGAAGCGGGACACUCAGUCUCUAAAUAUGUGAAUUAUAUAUUAAGUGAACGCUAAUCUCAUUAAAUAGGCUUAAGGGUCGAUUUUAGAUUAAUUACUAAAUGUUGUGAUAAUAUUUUUAGUAGCUUUUAAUGUUUAUAGAGGCUGUUUCACACGAUCGGAUUUGUUUAGCGAUUUUGUUGGUUGGUUUGUUUGUGUUGGCUUUUCUGAGGUCAAAUUAAGGAUACUUAGGUGUAAGUUAAACAAGGGGUGUAUGUUUUUUGCAAAAGUAUCGAAAAUAUUUUUUGUAUAAUUAUUAGUGUAUUUUUUGUUUAGUGCUUCUAUUGUUUCGAUAUCUUGGAUUUUGACGUUUUUGAAGUAACUGUUGAGUUUUGUUUUUUUUGUUCUUAACACUUAUGGAUUGUAGAAAUGUUUUAAAGCUUAAUAAUUUAAAUUUUGAAAUAGAUUCAUUCUUGAUUCUCAGAAUGUCCUCUAUAUGUCUACAUGAUAUGAUUGCCUUGUACACUCAAUAGCGUUUUAAAGAAAUGUCAUAAGCAGUCUCAUAUUUUAUGAAUAUUUUAUUAAACCAUGAUUAAUGCCCAUAUUUAUAAUAUAAUAUAUUUAUCUUUGGAAUUAUCGAAAGAAUUAAAUCAAUUUCGCCUGUGUUUGAUGUUAAACGAUGAAUAUAACGCAUAUUAUUUUUUUUAUAUAAAGGUUUUAGUCUUUCACUGGUAAAUUCAAACUAUAAGAGAUAAAAUCGUAAAUCAACUGCUUUAGUUAUAAGUCCGUGUUUCCUAACCAUCACUAACUCGUGAUUACAGUUCACAGUAUUAAAUAAUAAUCAAAGAAUUUAAGGUUAUAAGAAAUAAAAAUAUAAGUGAAAAAUGAUUAGUAUAAAAUACAGUCGGCCAUGUUAACUGAAACAUGAAUUACGUCACGGCUCCGCGUUACUAGUAUUUUUAUUAUAGUACUAGUGGUAUUGAUACUAGAGACUCUAGAUAGACUAUGACAACUGCGGAAACAUCUAAAAAAAUUGAGUUUAGAGUAAACCUCUAUUUUGAGCAAUGCACAAUUUAAACCUGGCCUGUUUUCAACGGUUGUCUAACAGCAACAGACUCUAUCUAGACGUAUAAAUAAUCUAAGAGUACGCGUAACCAUUGAGGCGUUAUGUCAUAAUCGGCCACAUGACACUUGCAACAGUUUUCGUUCGUAAUUCAUUCUAGACUGAUUACAUUGUGCCUAUUGUAAGGCGCUUGUGUCCGAUAUAUCAUAUCCCUAGCAUGUGAUGAUGUGUUACGAUCAAUGUUCGAAUAAAAAGAAAACGUUGUGUGCUUAAGACUUAAACUAUUGGUUAGAUUGAGAGAGGAGGAGCCUGCCUACCGCUGUUGUAUGCGUGAGAGAAAGAGAAGCCAGAUAGACUGGCGCCGUAACGCGUUACGUUACGAAGCGGCUUACACUCCCAUAAGAAGUUAUCACUUUAAUACCUCUUGAAUUGUUGCAUCUUUUACUUAAUUAAAACUGUUUAUUUUAAAAUAGGACAAUAAUUUUAGAUACGUAUUUAGAACGACACACACACACUCGAUGCAGACAAAACAAUAUGGCGGUCUAUGUAUGAAAGUUAUUUAUUUUCUCAUUUAGAGAAUAUCAUCUCAUAUUAAAAGAUUAUUAGUGCUUGUAAUACGAUUACGAUUGGGUUUUAGUAAGUUAAAUCGUUGGAUUUGAGAUUCAAUUAGUUUAUUAGCAGCGGACAUGAUAUUAAAGAUUUUAUAGUCCAUUGCAGCAUCGAAUCAAGAAAUUUUACACAAACGCAUCCAUAUCAGAAAUUCAUUACUGUGAUUUUGCUUUGAACAACUACCGGAAAUUUAACCUAUUUUUUUUAUAUUUCAUGAUUAUAUACAUUCCCAAUUUUCGCUAAUCUUCAUUGUUUUCAAAAACUGUUAUGCUUUUUUAAUACUCAGAAAGUUUCAUUUUUGUAUAUCGGUGAUACAGGGUCAUAUGAUUGCCCUAUUUAAUAUAAUUUAGUUUAAGCUUAAAUCGUUAUUUUAACUUUCUAUAGGGAGCCUUGUCCCAAUGGUUACUCAUUUGUUAUACUUUAAUAUAUUAUACGAUGUAAUGUGUAAUUUUACGAGUUGCUUUAUUUUUAUAGAUGUUGGAUGAUUUUGUAUGUACAUUUCAAAAAAUGUUUCCCAUUUACAUAUCCAUUUUAGAAUAUUUCUAAUAAUAAAUGAUUGUGUAUGUAAACUUUGUCAUUAUGGAUAUUAAAGUCGAAAGUGUUUAACGAAGUAAUAUAGCGAGCUUAGCAUUGUGGCGUUUAUGUGUUGUAAAUACGCGGGCAAUUGCUUUUUUGUGUGAAAGUCGGCGUGUUUGCGGUCAACUUAUAUUUUUUUUUAGGAAUGGGACUAGGUUUUUGAAUUGGUCCUCGUGUUUAUGACAAUAGUCGCGUAUUAAUUUUAAUAUUAUGAACUCGACCUGAGCUCUCGUUAAUUCAAGUGUUUAAUUAUUACAAUAUUAUGUGUAAAUGCACUUUUUUUAUUAUCUUGUUUCCUGCCAUGAGUAAUGCUUAAAUUUAGUGUUAUUAUUGUUCUAUGUGAUGUAUGGGUAAUUAAGUGGACAAGAAAAUAUUUAAGUACGAAUUGAUAACAAGAUAUGUACGAAAUAAAUUCAUGGAAUAAUUGUUCUUAAAA